AUGCAUGGAAAAGCACACCUGAGUCCGGAAACAUCUACUACACAAGCCAUAAUGGAAGACUUGACAGGAAGUAAUGCAGAAAAAACAUCAUUGGAAAACAUUACGGUGAUACCUAGCCAAGAAGGACAAACACCUGAAGUCUCGUUGCAAGAAUUGAUUAGGGAGGACGUAUAUGCAAGUCCACAAGCGGAAACCAGGAAAUUGCUUUGGAAUAAAAUCGAACUCUUGGAUCCUAGAGAUAAGGAAGCAUGGAUACUCGGAGGUGAUUUUAACGCCAUUCUAAGCUAUAAAGAAAGAAGAGGAGGCUCACCACGGGGAAACGGAACUAGAAAAGAUUUCGCGGAUUUCAUUUUUGACUCAGGACUACAAGACGUACGUUUUCUGGGACCCAAAUUUACAUGGAAUAAAGGCAAUUUAUAUCGAAGGCUGGACAGAUGCUUAAUCAAUGAAGAAUGGAUGAAGCAAUUUCAAGAAUCCUUAGUUCUUCAUUUAGAAAGAAUGGGCUUCGACCACCGACCAUUAAUACUCCAAACAAGAAUAAGCGAAUCAUCAAGAAGAAACGGGCCAUUUCGCUUCUUAGCAGCCUGGAACGACCACCCACUUUUCAAGGAAUUUCUGGCAAAUAAUUGGGAUAAAGCAAAACACGUUUUAUCAAAUGUGGAGGAUUUCAAAACAAAUGUCCAAGUAUGGAACCGAGAGAUCUUUGGGCAUAUAGGCAGAAAGAAAAGAAGACUAGUCGCUCGACUGAAAGGCAUCGAGAAAUCCUCAUCGAUCUGGAAAAACAACUUAAAGCAUAAUUGGAUGUUGUGCUAG